CGGCAUCAAACAAUUGUUUGCUGUCAUGGACGUCUUCUCGGAACUCCGCCGCCACGCCGGUGGCAACCAUCCCCAGAAAGUCAAGCUCAAUGUUGUCUUGGCAGCCAUCACAGACGUGAUCCACGAUCGCCGUGGACCAGGUCAGCGCGAAGAUCACCCCAUCUCCAACACAGAAUACUUUGCCGCGCUCAUGACAGCACUCGAGUCCAACGACAGCAGCUCGCAUGCCCAGGAGAUCAUGCAACUGCUGACGAUGGUGCUGCCCGAAGUGCACGACGCCGUGCUGCGCACGAAAUUCGAUGCCGUUGCCCACGCUAUGAUCCGCAUCAUGCAGUCGAACGAAGAAGACAUUUCACUGCUUCGGUCGAGCCUCGUAGCGUUAGGCAUGGUCAUUCAAGCACAAGAACCCAGCGCAAGCGUGUGGAAUCACCCCACGACGCUCAAGUACUUUCACGUGCUGCUAGCGUUGGCGGCGGACCCGCGGCCCAAGAUCCGCAAGGCGGCGCAGUCGUCCAUCGUCAAGAUCCUCGAAGUACAUGCCGACGCCCACUGCGACACGCUGUCCACGCAUAUUGCCUCGUUCGCCGAGAACAUCCUCGCGUCCGCGGUGGCCAAGGACCAGACCAAGGUGCUGCAACUCGUGGGCUUUCUCGGGUCGGUGCUGCCGCUCCUGCCUGGCAAAGUGGUGACUAGUUUGACCGAGGCCCUGCUCAAGCUGCUUCAGACCAACCAAAAGACGCUGGCGUUGGUGACGCUCGAAGCGUUCGACGCAGUCGUCGUGUCGCCGUCGUCGCGCUUGUCGGCCGAAUGUCUCACCUCCCUGCUCACCACCGUCCUGUCCCUUGACAGCAACAUCCACGAUCAGCAGCAUGCGAUCCUACUCAUUCAAAUCACAUGCCGCGCCCUCGCCCGCCUCGAGCCGCUGCAAAGCACCCGCGAACUCCUUCCCCGCGUCGUCGUUGCCAUGUGCACGUACUUUGAAAGCCAACACACCCAGGUACACCGCAAGUGCGCCGAACUUCUCAACGUAGCCCUGCAAGCGUGCUUGAACCUUGGCCCACACCCGUCUGUCCAACGUGUGCUGUUUUCCCUCGAAGGUCUCUUGACACUGCGCUACCAACACGCAUGGUCGUCCAUUUUUUCGCUGCUCACGUCCAUCGUCGGGUUCUGCGGCGAGAACGCGCACCCAGCGUUCGACUCGAUCUUUUCCACCACGGUCGACCUGUACGCAGCCAUGGACUCGAUGCCCCAAGCCCACGAUGACAUGCGCAAGUGGUUUACGCGCUUCUUGACGGCGGCCACGACGUCCGUCGGCGCCGAAGUCAUGCUGUCGGUCGUGCCGCUUCAGAACGACCACGGCAUCGUCGAAGAGCGCGCGUGGCUCAUCCCGGUGAUCCGCGACGCCGCCAAGGCCGGCCCCGGCCGACUCGAGUACUUUUCGACGGCGAUCUUGUCGUUGGCCAAAACGUGCGAAGCCGUGGCCCGCGCCGACUCGACCACCGCGUUGGAGUCCAAGCGCAUGCAGGCCCGCACGAUGCAGCUGUGGAGCCUUUUUCCGAGCUUCUGCACGCACCCUACGGACAUUGCCGGCCACUUCAAGAAAAUCGCCAAGACACUAGCCAACGCCAUGUCGGACAAGCGGUACCCCGAACUCCAAUUGCUCGUGUGCCAGGGGCUGCAGGCGCUGCUCAAAGCCGCCGCGGCCGCCGCCAAGUCGGAGGACGACGAUCCGUCCGAUGUGGAUCAGGCGGCGCUGGCCAAGUUUGCCGCGCGGUUUCUGCCGCUGCUCAUCGCGAUCGUGGAAGGCCUAGAUGCCGACACCGAGUCGGACCGCCUCCAGACGCUCCUGGACACGAUCACCAACUACGCGACGCUGGCCGAGCCCGAGUUUGUCCAGAACGUGUUUAAGCAACUCAUGCAAACGCUACUGCAAACCACGACCGCCGCCAAGAAGAGCGCCGACCCCAAAGCCCCCGCCGCCGUCGCCAUGCUUGCCCAAGCGCAUUUGCACAUGAGCAUCGCGCUGGCGCUAGUGGGCAUCAUCGACGUGAGCCAAGUCGCGCUCUUGUACCGCGUCGUCAAGCCAUACAUGCUCGACGACACGGACCCGGUCAUGCAAAAGCGGUCGUACUCGGUGCUUGUGACCAUUUGCGACACGCAUCCCGCGUUCGCCGCCGAGCACUUGACGGACAUGAUCGAGUCCUUGUCCGAGUCGCUGCUCACGUGCAGCGUGCCGGCAAAGAAGAUGCGCCUGCGGUGUCUGCAUCAGAUCGUCAGGGCCAUCGUGGCCGCAGAACACCCCGACACGGCGUUCGUGCCGACGCUCGUGGGGGAGAUCAUGCUCUGUACCAAGGAAGCCAACGCCAAAGCCCGUGAAGCCGCCUUUGAAGUGCUGCUCGCCAUGGCCAAACUGCUCGACGCCCAGGGCAACCUCAUGGACUUUAUCCAGAUGGUGCUGGGGGGGCUGGCCGCGCGCACGCCCCACAUGCGCAGCGCGUCCGUGCUGUGUCUGAGCCGCCUCGUAUUUGAGUUUGGCCGCACCGAAGUGACGAUUCAACAGGCCAUGCCCGACCUCCUCCGCACCGUGCUCAUGCUCCUCCACGAAAAGGCGCGCGAAGUGAUCAAGAGCGUCAUCGGGUUCCUCAAAUUGGGCAUCGCCAUCUUGCCCAAGGAAGCCCUCGUCGAGUUUUUGCCGUCGAUCGUCAACGGGUUGCUGCAGUGGAUUGGCGAAAGCAAAGCUCGGUUCCGUGCCAAAACCAGAACGAUCAUGAUGAAGUUGUGCCGCAAGUUUGGCUACGAGUACGUGGCGUCGCUGGUGCCUGAAGCCGACCGCAAGCUCAUCACGCACAUCCGCAAGACAAAGGAGCGCGAAGACCGCGAGAAGGAGCAAAAGCGCGAGUCCCGCGGCCAAAAAUCGUUUGAAGAGUUUAUGCAAGACUCGGACGACGACGACAGCGACCACGAAGGCGGUGCCGCUACGACAAAGUCGUCCAAGGGCAACGACGCCGUUGCGCAGCAACGUCCAGCCAAGAAAAUCAAAACGGCGAACGGCGCGAGCAACUACAUCAAGGAGAACGCCGAGGAAGAUAUUGUCGACUUCCUAGAUAAUGCUGCGUUUAAGAACAUCGUGCCAUCUCGCAAAGCCAAGCGCGUCGAGUCGGAUGACGAGUUUGAAAUCGCCAAGGAUGGCCGCAUGAUCAUCCCGGGCAUCCCCGACGACGACGACGACGACGACGCGAUGGGCGACUCGGAGGACGAAGACGCGGUCCGCCGCGAUGUUCAGAAGAAACUGGCCAACAUGGGCCUGGACAAGAAGCGGAAGCGCGACGCCGCGCCCGCCGGUCCCACGGCCGGCAACGAAUACCGCGCCAAGAAGGCGUCCGGCGACGUCAAGAAGCAGGGCAAAGUCGACCCGUACGCGUACAUUCCUCUGGACCCGAAGCUCAUGGCCCGCCGCAACAAGCACAGCGCCGUGUCCAAGUUUAGCAAGACUGGCCGCGUGGGCAAGCAGCGAAAGUAACGUACUAGUCGCCACAGUGAGCCCUUAAUUCUAUUUCCCAACCCUACACUAUCCACA